AUGGCUCGCAACAAGCUGCGUGUCCUGCUCGCAUUCUACUCGCGUCCCAACGAUCCAGGGAUCCACACUGCCCUCCUCAUCACGAAGAAGAUCAAGUCUGGAGCGAAGAGAGAGAUCAUCUCAGCCAGAAAGUGGCAUGUGAAAAAUACCGUUCAGCUCAUCGAUCAUGCCCCCGCGCGACCCUGGCGUCGCGAAAGAGAGAUAAUCCCCAACAUCGACAAUGACCUCCGCCUGCUAGCCUGUGCGGUGAUCGCCAAAAUCUACGACAUCGGCGAGGUGGAAACAAUUUUGAACUCCGUGCCUGUCUACCAACCCGAGGACGUUGAUCAGGAUAUGGCGUGCGUAUUCGACUCCAACAUCUGGGCGAAAGAAGCCAUGAAAGAGCUGAGAUGGGAAAAUCUCGUCAAGGCGUCCCUUUUCACCAAGGCGGAGGAAGCCUUGAAUCUUUACAUUACCAGCCAUCCAGCAAGACGGAACUUCCAAAGUGAAAAUGACUUGCAGAAGGAGCCUCCGAUCGUUCCCAUUAUCGAUAUGUUUACGGGGAAGAUGCUGCGGGAGUGA